GAUAAUAUUCUCAGUCUAACAAUCGUGAGCAAAUAAACACCGUAAGUAGCUAAAUGUUUCGAUUUAGUUAAAUAAACUGAGUUUUGACAUUUUCAAACAUAACCACAGAAAAGAAAGGUUGUCCGGAGUUUAAUCCCGUAGCAAAUGUGAAAACACUGCCUGCAGGAGGCGCAAAGCGCGGUUAGGAAGGGCGGAAUUAAGUGCGAUUAACAUAGACUUAAUUAAAACAUUUAACUUUUUCUACAGCACUUCAUAUGCUUUCAGUGAUGUGUACUUGGAUGCAUGUUAUUGCUAACAGCAAGACAUAGAUUGCGGUGCGGACAUAUGUGAGGGUGCGCACCAAGACGUAAUAGCAGAUUAUGUGCCGAACAUUAAAAUAAUGAGAAGUUAAGAGGGUAAGAUCCUCAUUUUGACACAGUGCGUGACAUCACGAUGAAGGAAGAAGAUCUCAAAGCGGAACUGGAAAAUGUAAACAUCGUGCGACAAAAGAGCGAGCUUAUGGCACCGAGGGACGCGCGACUGGUGCCGAACGCUUCGCUCCGUGCACGCUUCCGGGAGGUGACGUUCGAUGAUUGUUUCCGGGGGCAAUUUGAACCGCUGGACGGCAGGAAGAAGGUGGGGGAAUAUGUGUUGGGGCGGCUCCUGGGCGAGGGCGCCUUCUCCAAGGUGCGCGCCGCCAAGCGUCUCAACAAUACCGACACGGUUGCAAUCAAGAUUCUCCCUAAGAAGACCGUGUUACAGGAGGAGCAUGCCCGCCGCCGCUUCCUGCGGGAGAUGACGACUCUCCGACGACUGGAGCACGGGAACAUAGUCCGCCUGCGCGAAGUGAUGGAAACUUCAAGUAAUUUCUACCUAGUAAUGGACCUUGCACGGGGAACCUCUCUAAAGGAGCACCUGGCAUGCAGGACGUCUAUACCGGAAGCGGAAACGGUUCCACUUGUUCGUCAACUCGCUGAUGCUCUUGCCUACUUACACGACGACGGCAUUGUACACAGGGAUUUGAAGCCAGAAAACUUGAUAUUGGACCGCGGACACCUGACCGUCAUUGAUUUCGGAUUAAGCGGCAGAGUGGCCCCGGACGCCUUUCUGACGACCCAGUGUGGCUCACCGGCGUAUGCGGCCCCGGAAGUAUUGGCCCGCACCCCGUACACACAGGCCGUCGAUAUGUGGAGUUGCGGAGUGAUCGUGUACCUGAUGUUAACGGGUUAUCACCCUUUCUCCAUCCCGGGACAAAGGGCGUACCGCACACAGCUUCACGCCGCCAUGGCCCGGGGGUUCACACUGUCACCGUUCCUCUCCCUAUGUACUGACUGUAAGGACGUACUAUCGCGACUGUUGCGGGUGGAACCUAAAGACCGGAUAUCCGCUCGAGAACUGCUCCUCCACUCCUGGCUGGCGGCCGUGAAGUCACCGUUCCCGAAAUCCUGAGGGUCAGUGCCCCUACGAUAUAGACAUGAGUCUUCCUACCUCCAACAAAUAUACGGGUACGUCCGGGGACGCCCUUGACCACGCAUCUUGAGCGCCACCAUGACUAGAGCCGUAUUCAUACUUCCGGUUUUUAUUUGUUGCGGCGCCUGUCAUUGAACUUAUUGCCAGGGAUCUGCAUUAUUUAUUGAUUCUUUACCAUGUCAACUACAUUCAUUAUUUUAAUUAUUUUAAUUAAUUCGUGUUGCACGUUAGUUGUUUUAUUGCCGGUGAUAUUAUGAAGAGUGUGGUGCUAUUUCGUGUUAAUCGCCAUAAUAUGUUUAAUAGUUUGCAAAUGUAUUUUUGACAUGUUUUGUCGUUCUGUUGAGGAAUAUAAACCACAUGUACAUUCAGGAGAAUUUGUUCAUACCCUGUUAUAAAAAUGUAUUUGAAAUAAAAAUGGUUGAUUCGAAAAGUCGUCAGCUUAUAAAAACA